AUGAACACCGGUCUCGUCAACAGCCGCUUCCUCUCCAAGCCCGAUGAAGUCGGCAUCGUCGCCGUCGGUUUCUCCGGCGGCCAGCCCAAAGCCGGCGUCGACAUCGGUCCCGCCGCCCUCAUCGAGUCCGGCCUCCUGACCGAGAUCCGCGACGAGCUCGGCUACAAGCUCUUUGGCGACGAGACCGUCCAGCAGUUCGAGGACCUCGUACCCGCCUCUGACCCUGACUACCGCGGCAUGAAGAAGGCCCGUCACGCCUCCGCCGUCACCCGCAAGAUCGCAUCGCACACAUACGAGCACUCGCGCGAGGGCCGCAUGACCCUCACCCUCGGUGGUGACCACAGCAUUGCCAUCGGUACUAUUGCUGGUACUGCCAAGGCUACGCGGGAGAGGCUGAACCGCGAGAUUGCGGUUAUCUGGGUUGAUGCGCAUGCGGACAUCAACACUCCUGAGAGCAGCGAUAGCGGAAACAUUCACGGCAUGCCUGUUGCUUUCUUGACUGGUCUUGCUAAGGAGGAUAACGAAGAGUACUUUGGCUGGCUUGAGGAUGAUAUGCGCUUGAGCGUUAAGAAGCUGGUUUACAUUGGUCUUCGAUCUGUUGAUAUUGGCGAGAAGAAGAUUCUCCGUGAGCACGGCAUCAAGGCUUUCAGCAUGCACGAUGUCGACCGACAUGGUAUCGGCCGCGUUGUCGAGAUGGCCCUCGCUCACAUCGGAAACGACACCCCCAUCCAUCUAUCCUUCGACGUCGAUGCCCUCGACCCCAUGUGGGCGCCCAGCACCGGCACACCCGUCCGCGGCGGUCUGACUCUCCGCGAGGGAGACUUCAUCUGCGAGAGCGUGCACGAGACAGGAAACCUUGUCGCCAUUGAUCUCGUCGAGGUGAACCCUCAGCUCGCAGAUGGUAAGCAAGCUGAGCAGAACACAAUCCACGCUGGAUGUUCACUGGUGCGGUGUGCUCUUGGCGAGACACUUUUGUAA